CUGAAUACAGAAAGGCAGAAAACCAAAAGCACCGCAGGUCUGUUUGCUUUGACAUUAAAACAUCUAAACACAGAAGUGUUUCACUCACUGUGUUUCUGUUGAAAUCACACAUUGUCUCUCUCUGUAGCUGUGUGAUCAUUUGGUGAUGAGUUUUGUGACAGUCCAGUCUGUGAACAUCAUGACAGGCAUCAUGUUACUGAGUCUCCUCUUUAUUCCAAGUACUUUGGCUGCUUGUCCUCAAGCUUCAAACCUGUUCAUCACUGCACCAACAGAGAUGGAAGCUCUGAGUGGAUCUUGUUUACAAAUCCCAUGUAACUUUAGUGAAACCGGAACAGAAAAGUUUGACAGCACAAGACCUAUUUCUGGAGUGUGGAUUAAAAAUCACUCCAAUGUUAAUACAUUUCCAAACAAUGAGAUCUUCAACAGCAGUGGGACAGUUAACAUCUAUCCAAUGAAUAUUACAGGAAACCUGAAGGAGAGAAACUGCACCACUCUGUUUUCCAACUUAACCACAACUUAUUCAAACACAUACUACUUCAGAAUUAUGAACUGGCCGUUCAGAGCAACAGCUGCUUGUGAUCCUCUUAAAAUAACAAUUAAAGAUUCUCCUUGGAGGCCCGAUAUUACAAUCCCAGGUGAUCUGAAGGAGAAGGAGUCUGUCACUAUAACCUGCUCAGCUCUCACUCCCUGUCCACACUCCCCUCCUCAACUCACCUGGAAUCUCCAACAAGACUCUCACAACAAAAUAGAGCAAAACACAGAUGGAAGCUUUACAACUAAAAUCCAGCAGAUCAUCACUCUGUCAGACACACAUGAUGGAAAGAAGAUCAGCUGCUCUGCCAGAUAUCCUGUGAACCAAGGAAACUACACCAAGACAGCAGAGACAGAAGAGACUCUCAGUGUUUCAUAUUCUCCUAAAGACACCUCAGCAUCCAUCAGUCCAUCAGGUUUGGUGUCAGCAGGCAGCUGGGUGAAGCUGACCUGCUCCAGCAGAGCCAAACCUCCAGUCAGCAGCUUCACCUGGUUCAAGAAGAGCAGAGAUGGAGCUGUGAAAGUAUCUGAAGGAGAGAUUUACAGCUUCAAUGUAACAGAUGGAGGAGUUUAUUACUGUGUGGCCACUAAUGAUCUGGGUAAUCAGACAUCAGCAGAGAUUCGUGCUGGACAACAGAAUAAUGGUUCUUUACCACUGGGUCCACUUCUUGGAGGCAUCCUUGGGUUCGUCUUACUGAUCUGUUUGGUUAUCUUGGCUUGGUGCUUAAAGUCAAAACAUGAAACUCAACAACAGACUCAGACUGAAGAGCUGGUUGUCGAAGAGUCCACAGGUAAAACAGAAGAAGAGGAAGAAAACAUCCAUUAUGGAGAGAUCAACUUCUCCACACUGGGAUAUGAAGUGCCCUCUGGCUCAAUGCAGGACAGAGGACAGCAGCAGGAUACGGUGUACGCACAGGUGAAAGUCAACAAGCCAGAAAACAGCUUAACACAGAGUGCUCAUGGCCAAGAGGAACUUUAUGCUAAAGUGAAGAAAAAAUGAGAAGUAUCAGUUAACAACCUCUGAACAAAGAAAGAAACGUGGAGCAACGAGUUCACUGAAAUAGAACCAAUUACUUUGUGCAGUCUGUUUUAUGUCCAUGCUUCUGUACCAUGUUCAGGCAGCCGUUUGCAGAGGAUUUCCUGUGUUCACAUUAAAUCCAUGAGCAGAAGCUGUACCAGUCAAGGAACUAGUUGACUGGGCCACACGAGUAUUUCUGAAAAGGAGAAACUCAAAACCUCCUCAUAUUGUAUGUGUUUGUUGUAGGACUUCAUAAUACAGCCCGUACCUUAUUACCUAACCCGUUUUAUUGCCUCCCGACAUUUACUGAAUUUCACGUGUAAUUUUUUACCAACUAAAAGUACUUCUCGCUAGAUACAGUAGAGCAAGGGAAGUAACAGGAGCUUAUAAGGGAAGAAAAAUAUUAUUUAGUAAAAAUAACCUUUAGGGUAUCUUACAGGAAUGGACAAUGUUCCUCUUAUUACAUUGUAAUGACACAGUAUUAUCAGAGGUGUAGUCUGCAUCAGAUGUGUUUACAGAUAGAGACGGCUUCUAAAGCGAGGAGCUUUGAAGUGCUAAAAGUACGUACCUCAGACCUGACAAGGCUGGAGCCUAAAGGGCCCGACUCUAAAUAAAAUAUAUGAAAAACAGCAAAUAUAAAGACUUGUUACUAGUAACAUGGUGUUUUCAUAGCUGAAUCCUAGUUCUGAUACUACUUUCUACGUUUGAAUAUUUUGCCUGUUAUUUUUAGCUCUUCAGUGUGUAACUGAACUGUCAGUUGUAAAGAGUUCUUUGCUAUUUCGCAUUCAGUUCAGUCCUGUUGAAAAGAUGAUGUUAUCUUUUGUGGUAAGUACUUCUAUCACGUCUGAAGUGUAUGCAUCCAGCGUUAUUCAUGCUGUUCACAGUACAGUGACCAAACUUUCUACUUCUCAUGUGGUUUUGUCACUUACGUUAUCACACUAAUGUAUCUGUGUUGACAUUGUGAGUGUGAAAUACUCUGCAUGUAAUAUUUGUCAACAUUUUUUUAAGUGUUAGACUUGUGUACUGUGGGGGAAAAAAUACACCAGCCAUUGUGUCUGCCUUAAAAGAGGUUUAUUCAUUGCACUGUAAUAAAAUCCUCGGCGUACAACUUCUACAAAUACCUUAUAAUCUCAGUGACUUGAAUUGGUCCAACGUUUCACGUACUGCAAGUAAACGUCGCUUGAAA